AUGCGGCGGUCCUCGCUAUUCGGCGCCCUCGGGACUAUAUUCGUGGCCUCCGCGACUUGCCGGGCGGUUCAUGAUAAUACCGUUAAUGGCCAUUUGCCCAACGUCCAAUCUGUCCCUGCUACCAGUAGCAAUGAGACCGGCGUCUGCACCAGGAGAGAGAGGACCCUUACUCUGAGCGACCCUCCUUAUAAUAACUACUUUUACUCAGACUGCAACGUGGAUGCUCAGGUUGUUGUUACCUCUCCUCUCCCUGACAGUGAUCUAUCUGUAAUAGGCCCUAGGCUCAUAAUUGCCUGGCCUAGCGGAAAUAGUGGGGUCUGCACAUACUUCGCUCCCCAGAAUGGAGACAACGGGACUCUCGGGAUUGAACUCGUGAACUCUACCCUUGGAAAACCUUUAGCGCCGAUCUACUCCGCCGCUUCUUCAGAUUCAGCUUCCAAUGUACCUCAAGUUGGAGUAACCGGGGUGUUGCGCUUCAACUCCUCUGCUGAAUUGACCGUUCCCAUUUUGGGCAGCAUUAGGACCAUCAGGGACUUUGUUGAAGGACCGAGCUUACUUUAUCCGGAGAUUCAGGAUGCGAUUCUCUACUCUCAGCUCCCAACCGGAGGGGUUUCGCUACAGAGGUUGUGGUUGGAUAACGUUACCACGACCAAUCUCACUUUUUCACCACUUCCCGGUUCGAAUGGUCAGGUCAAGCUGUCUGGCAAGACUGUGAAUUUCACAGCUGGAGACUACGUCUUCUCCGCAUCGUACAACUACCCACAGCUGACGCAGUUGACACCUUCGGAAGUGUUCAAGGGAAACUCCUCGGCAAUUGUUUCUCAGCAGCCUGAUCAAGCAUAUUCCCUCUCCUUCCUGUCCUAUAAGGACAAACUACUGGCCGGCGCUUGGAGGUUCUUAACAUAUUUCGGCCGAGACUCCAUGAUAUCUGCCCUGCUGUUAGAGCCUGUUCUCAGCGUUGGCAAUGGUAGUGCCAUGGAAGCGGUAAUUGGCGCAGUGCUGGAACGAGUAAAUCGAACCGACGGGAGUGUCUGUCAUGAGGAGACCAUCGGAGAUUAUGCCACUUGGUCGAACAUGAAGAAGAAUAUCACGAGCACCGCUAUGAUCUGUGACUACAAUAUGGUUGACUCAGAUUAUUUCCUCCCCGUGCUCAUGAAGAAAUACUUUGUCGAUAAUCCUGUUGGCAGACACAGAUACCAAGCGUUCUCGAGCACAACCGCAGGAAAGUUCAAUGCCGCAAAUCAAAACCUCACCUGGGGUCAAUUGGGCGUUAAAAAUGCAGAGCGAGUAAUACGCCUGGCUACUCCAUUUGUCCAGAACCGAAGGAAAGAGGACCUGAUUCACCUUCACGAUGGUCAGGUUGUCGGUCAGUGGAGGGACAGCACAUUUGGUAUUGGUGGCGGUCGUAUUCCUUUCGAUGUAAAUACUGCGCUGAUGCCGGCUGCUCUGCGCUCAAUUGCCGCCCUCGCGCGAAACCGCGUAUUUGCAGAGAGGGACUGGGCGACACUUGCCGACAAAUAUGCCCAGAUCUGGGAAGACGAGACUCUGAAAUUCUUCCAGGUCACCGUGCCCGAAAAUGAGGCUAGGAAGCGAGUGGACGAGUACACCAAAGCCUCGCACUUUGCCGGUCCAAACCAAACGAAUACAAUAGACUCGGACGUCCAAUUCUACGCCCUCGCUCUUGACGGCUACAAUAACCUCAGUAAAGUCGAAGUUAUGAACACCGAUGAUGGCUUUCGCCAUUUUCUUCUCAACACUACUGAACAGGGGCAAUUAACUUCCUUUAUCAACCAGACUGCAAACAACGUCCGCCGGACCUUCCCAGCUGGCCUCAUGACUGAUGUUGGCCUCCUCGUUGCCAAUCCCGCCUAUGGUGCUAAUCCCGUCUAUGCGCGGAACUUCACCACUGGCGCUUAUCAUGGCACUGUGGUUUGGUCAUGGCAGCUUGCUCUCAUGGCUAAAGGACUAGAGAAUCAAUUGGGACGCUGCGCUUCAGAAGGAUCGCUUAAAAGUGAUGCUGUUCCAGACUUUUGCUGGGACAAUGUAGUCCAUAACAAUGCUCGGGAAGCCUACCACUUGCUCUGGGAUGUUAUCGAGCAGAAUCAAAGCCUCCUGUCUAUGGAGGUGUGGUCCUGGAUUUUCACGGAUGGGAAAUUCAAAGCUACGCCGCUGGGCACAUUGCCGCCUCCUCCUGGUGUUAGCGGCGGAACCGGUGAGUUCGUCCGUCCAUCAUUCUGGACUUCGCUGACCCGAGGGGCGCUAUUCUAUUCAGAGUCAAAUAUCAGACAGCUGUGGUCUCUGGCGUUUUUGGCUGUCGCCAGGAACAAGUCACUCUAG